AUGUCUGACCUCAGCCAAGUUGCGGUGUAUUCAGACUCUUCAGAUAUUUAUAAGAAUGUGUUCUGCAACCCUGCCUUCGAGCUGGAGGGGGAGCGAGAGGAGAGGGUGGAGGGAUUCAGGACAUCCUCAUCCACUCCUGAACCAAUCAAACCACCAGCGGCUAGCUGGGGUCUAUUUGGGGUGUGUGCGAUGCGUCUGCGGGGCCCGGGUUGUGGCUGGGGGGUGGUGGCGGUCUCUGCUGCUGUCCUGCUCCUGUUAGCAGCUCUCGGACUGGCGCUGGCCCUCAUCCUCACACAGAUAAAAGGCCAGGCAGUGGAGGAUCAGUUGUUGCCCACCAGCCCUCCAGAUGUGCUGAGUGUAGGAGAUGCAGCAUCCCCAACUGUACCCACAAUCUCUCCCAACAGAAGUCAGCUGGACAGCACAGCCCCACCACAACCCGCUAUGACCCCAUCAUCUGAAACACGUAAGAGAUUCAAACAAAAUGGCCUUUUAAAUUCUAAUUUAAUAUUAAAAAUGUGCAAAACAUCUCCUCUUUAAGGUAUUCCUUUCUGUCGCUCAGGUUGUGGAGGGGUUUUGACUGACUCAGAGGGUAGUUUCAGUUCUCCAAACCACCCCGGGUCCUACCCCCCCAACUUGCUGUGUGUGUGGGUGAUCCGAGUCCUUCCCCCCUCCCUGGUCCAGAUCCAUGUUUCCUCUCUGGCUGUGGAGGGGCCAUCUCCCUGUCCAUUUGACUGGCUUGAGGUGCAGGAGCAGAUAGAGCAGAGCUCUGUGGUCACCAGGUUCUGUGGUAACGUGGCGCCACCAACAGUCAACACAAACAGCAGCACAGUGUGGGUCACCUUCCACUCUGAUGGCAGCAUCGCAGGCAGUGGCUUCACUGCACAGUACAGGACCAUUCUGCCUGGACAAAAGAGCUGCUCCAGAGACGAGUUUAUGUGUGACAGUGGUCGCUGUCUGCUGCCUGUGUCUAUUUGCAACGGUCAUCCAAACUGCCACGACCAAACAGAUGAGGCAAACUGCAGCCAUAAACACAAAGAAUGUGGUGGGCUGAAGACCGGACAGUAUGGUUAUCUGUCAAGUCCAAACCACCCCAGGCCUUAUCCUCACCAGCAGUUGUGCGUAUGGUAUAUAUCCGUUGAGGAAGGUCACAUCAUAACACUGAGCUUCAGGAACUUCAGCCUGGAGACUCAGGAUGUGUGUACGUUUGACUACGUGGAAGUGCACGACAGCGUCGACACCAGAGCUGGAAGAGUGCUGGGAAGGUUUUGUGGCACCACCUUCCCCCCAGACCUGACCUCUUCUGGCCCCCACAUGACUGUGCUGUUUGUGGCUGAUGAGGGAGUGGCCGACAGCGGCUUUAAUGCAACAUACCAGGCUGUGUCUAUACUGGACAGGACAUGUGGCCCCAGCCAGUUUGCCUGCGGUACAGGAGAGUGUCUUCAGCAGCAGUUGUUGUGUGAUGGUUGGAACGACUGUCCUGAUGGAGCAGAUGAACAGGGAUGUGGCAACUCCACCUACCCUCCCUUCACUUCAUCCUGUGAGUUGAUAGAGGUAGAGAUGUGUCAAGGCCUCAGCUACAACCUCACCUCAUUCCCGAACAUCUGGCUGUCCAUUGCUGAUCAGAGAGAAGCUGCGACACUCCUGCGACAGUACCGGGUCCUGAUGGAGCUAGCGUGCUUCGAGCCCUUACAAAGGCUGGUGUGUGGGAUGUUUCUGCCUCAGUGCAGCCCUCAGGGUGGCGUCCUCCAGCCCUGCCGCUCAGUCUGCUCCUCUGCUGAGCAACAAUGCAGCCAAGCCCUGGAUCUUUUCUCCUUCAGCUGGCCCUUCAACUGCCACCUCCUGCCCGACUCACAGGACCCCAUGGAGUGCUCGCUGCCUUGA